GUCAAACACACACCCUCUGCUACACUUUCUCUCUAUAAGGAGCUGAAAAACACACUCACACUGAAGCGCUUACGGUAGCCGCUAACUGGACGGACUCUCUGGCAAUUGACCUUUUGCAGUGGAAUAGCGGAAUAAGUCUUGAACUAUGAGCUCAGUGGCAGUGUUGACCCCGGAGAGCUUUGCAGAGCAUCGCAGUGGCCUCAAGGACCAGGAGCUUACAGGCUGUGUCCCAGAGGAUGAGGCCUACAUCCCCACCUACCUGGAGGCCUUCCCUCCGCUGCCGGAGAAGGGGGCACCGGGGGAGAAGGCCGGGGAGCCGGCUCCAGCGUGGGGGGGCAGGAUCAGGCCCAUCAAAGCUUCUGUCAUCACCCAGGUGUUCCAUGUGCCCCUGGAGGAACGUCGCUACAAGGAUAACAGCCAGUUCGGGGAGGGCGAGGAGGCCAAGGUGUGCUUGGACAUCAUGCAGCGGACCGGAGCCCACAUUGAGCUGUCUCUAGCCAAAGACCAGGGCCUGUCCAUCAUGGUCACGGGCAAACUGGACUCUGUCAUGAAGGCUCGCAAGGAAAUCGUAGCUCGCCUGCAGACACAGGCUUCUGCUACAGUCGCCAUCCCCAAGGAGCACCAUCGCUUCGUCAUCGGUAAGAACGGUGAGAAGAUGCAAGAGCUGGAGCUGAAGACCGCCACCAAGAUCGCUAUUCCACGUCCUGACGACCCCAGCGCCAACAUCCGCAUCACCGGCACCAAGGAGGGUAUUGAGAAGGCUCGCCAUGAAAUCCUGCUGAUCUCUGCUGAACAGGACAAGCGUGCGGUGGAGCGUCUGUCCCUGGAGAAGGUCUUCCACCCCUUCAUCGCCGGCGCCCACAACCGGCUGGUGCAGGAGCUGAGCCAGGAGACGGGCGCCCGCAUCAGCAUCCCUCCACCCAGCCUGCCCAAGGACGAGAUCGUCAUCACCGGGGAGAAAGAGGCAGUAGCCCUGGCGCUCAACCGUAUCCGAGCAAUCUACGACGACAAGAAGAGGAAGACCACCACCAUCUCUGUGGAGGUGAAGAAGUCGCAGCACAAGUACAUCAUAGGCCCAAAGGGAAACACCCUGCAGGAGAUCCUGGAGACCACGGGGGUGUCCGUAGAGAUGCCUCCUCUGGACUCGGGCUCAGAGACCAUCAUCCUCAGAGGGGAGCCUGACAAGCUGGGACCGGCGCUCACGCAAGUCUACGCCAAGGCUAAGAGUGUGAUGGUGGUGGAGGUGACAGCGCCGGCUUGGCUGCAUCGCUUCAUCAUCGGCAAGAAAGGACAGAACAUCGGGCGGAUCACUCAGCAGCUGCCACGAGUUCACAUAGAGUUUACAGACGGCGAGGAGCGCAUCAGUCUUGAAGGGCCGACAGAGGAGGUGGAGCUGGCUCAGGCCCAGAUACAAGAGAUCAUCAAGGACCUGCUGGUGAGGAUGGAUUACACCGAAGUCAUCAUAGACCAGCGUUUCCACAGACACCUCAUCGGAAAGAACGGAGCAAACAUCAAUCGGAUCAAGGAGCAGUACAAAGUGUCGGUAAGAAUCCCCCAGGACUCAGAGCGAAGUGGCCUCGUCCGGAUCGAGGGGGACCCAAAGGGCGUCCAGCUGGCUCGCAGAGAACUCCUCGAGAUGGUUCAGAGAAUGGAAAACGAGCGCACCAAAGACCUGAUCGUAGAGCAGAAGUUCCACCGGACAAUCAUCGGCCAGAAGGGAGAAAAGAUCAAAGAAGUUCGAGACAAGUUCCCCGAGGUUAUUAUCAAUUUCCCCGACCCGGCGCAGAAGAGUGACAUCGUCCAGCUGAGAGGGCCGAAGAACGAGGUGGAGAAAUGUGCCAAGUUCCUCCAGAAAAUCAUUGCUGACCUGAUUGAGAAUAGCUUCUCACUUUCUGUUCCCAUCUUCAAGCAGUUUCACAAAAACAUCAUUGGUAAGGGCGGCGCCAACAUCAAAAAGAUCCGUGAAGAGACCAACACUAAGAUAGACCUGCCAACAGAGAACAGUAACUCUGAGAUGAUCGUCAUCACAGGCAAGAAGAGCAACAGUGAGGCAGCCAGAGACCGAAUCCUCGCCAUCCAGAGGGAACUGGCCAACAUUAAGGAGGCGGAGGUCACCAUACCAGCCAAGCUGCACAACUCUCUGAUCGGCUCCAAGGGCUGCCUGGUGCGCUCCGUCAUGGAAGACUGUGGCGGCGUCCACAUCCAUUUCCCCUCCGAGGGCUCCGGUUCGGACAAGGUCACCAUCAGAGGGCCCGCCGGCGAGGUGGAGAAAGCCAAGAAACAGCUGCUGCAGCUGGCUGAAGAAAAGCAAGUCAACAAUUUCACAGCUGAGCUGCAGGCCAAGCCAGAGUACCAUAAAUUCCUGAUAGGUCGUGGUGGGACCAAUAUUCGCCGUGUACGGGACAAGACGGGGGCCCGCAUCAUCUUCCCGUCGCCGGAUGACACAGAGCAGGAACUGAUCACCAUCGUAGGGAAAGAAGAAGCUGUUCUUCUGGCCCAGAAGGAGCUGGAGAGCCUGGUCAAAAACUUGGACGACGUGGUGGAGGACAGCAUGGUAGUGGACGUCCGCCACCACCGCCACUUCGUGUGCCGGAGAGGUCAGGUGCUCCGCGAGCUGGGGGAGGAGUACGGUGGUGUGGCGGUGAGCUUCCCUCGUACGGGAGCCAACAGUCAGCGGGUCACACUGAAGGGAGCCAAAGACUGCGUGGACGCCGCAAAGAAACGCAUCCAGGAGAUUAUCGAGGACCUGGAGUCCCAGGUGAGCGUGGAGGUGGCAAUCCCUCAGCGUCACCACCGUGCUAUCAUGGGGCCUAAAGGUUGCCGCAUCCAGUACAUCACCAGGGAGCACGAAGUCCAAAUCAAGUUCCCCGAGAGAGACGACAGCUCCGCAGGCCAGGAGGCUUCACCACAUGAGAAUGGAGAAGUUAGUCCAGAGGCAGAGUUUGUCCCCCGCAAGUGUGACACCAUUGUCAUCUCUGGGCGAGCAGAGAAGUGUGAACUGGCUAAAGCCGCACUGCUGGCGCUGGUGCCCAUAACGGAGGAUGUGGAGGUGUCUUACGAGCUGCAUCGCUACAUCAUUGGUCAGAAGGGCAGUGGAAUCAGGAAGAUGAUGGAGGAGUAUGAGGUGAACAUCUGGGUGCCACAGCCAGAGAAACAGCUGGAUGUGAUCAAGGUGACGGGCCUGGUUGCCCACGUAGAGCGAGCCAAGCAGGGUCUCCUGGAGAGGGUCAAAGAACUGCAGGCCGAGCAGGAGGACAGGGCCCUGCGGAGCUUCAAGGUAACCAUGUCCGUAGAGCCAAAGUUUCAUCCCAAGAUCAUCGGCCGCAAGGGAGCUGUCAUCUCUCAGAUCAGGAAAGACCACGACGUCAGCAUCCAGUUCCCCGACAAAGGAGACGAGCAGCAGGAUCUGAUCGUGAUCUCGGGGUACGAGCGUAACGUGGAGGAGGCGCGUCAGGCCAUCCAGCAGCUGGUGGCCGAGUUGCAGGAGAUGGUGAGCCAGGACGUUCACCUGGACCCGAGGACCCACGCUCGCAUCAUCGGCGCCCGUGGCAAAGCCAUUCGCAAGCUGAUGGAGGAGUUCAAGGUGGAUAUCCGGUUCCCUCAGCCGGGCUCUGAUGAGCCCGACAAAGUGACGGUGAUGGGCCUUCCUGAAACCGUAGACAACGCCAUCGACCACCUGCUCAACCUGGAGGAAGAAUAUAUGCUCAGUGUGACAGAGACCGAGACCCUGGCUGCGUACAUGAAGCCUCCGUCACGUUAUGGAGGAGGGGGAGGAGGAGCAGGAGGAUUGGACGAUGGUAGUGGGGGUCCAGCUAAGGGCUUUGUGGUGCGGGACGCCCCCUGGAACGCAGCAGGGAACAAGGCUCCUGACAUGAGCAGCGCAGAGGAUUUCCCCACAUUUGGGACAGGCGUGGCCCCGAAGCAAACAUCCGCCUGGGGCCCCAAGAAAUUCUGAAGCCGCUCACCUUGACGAAAUUUAAAGAAAAAGCUAAAAAAAACAACAAACUUGUGUAAAGUAGAUGAUGAGAGACAAAACAAAUCUCUAAUCAAAUUGCUGCUCACCUACCCUCUCCCCCCCCCCCCAUUUAGUGACUUCCCUUUGUCUCUCUUUUUUCUGUGGACUCCUUCUUAGCGUCCUCCCACAACCAGCCACAACAAAUUUUCGGGAGAACUAUCCCUUCUUUUGUCCUCGUCCGUCUCCUCCCUCCACACGUGAGAGAAAAGGUUAACAAAAAAACAAAAAAAAAAGAACGUCGAGUGCUCUCUCUUCGUAGUAUCGCUGUCCCGCUCUGCCUCUCGGUUACACCACCCCUGCCGGUCUCGCUGAAACAUUUCAAAAACUGCCCCUCCACCCCCCCCCCCCCUUUUUUUUCCUCCUCUGACUGCCAAACCCCCCCACCUCCUCCUCUCCCCCUCACAAAAUCAAACGAGCACCCCACUGCAGUACAUUAGAAAUGUUUCAACUCUUCAGAGUCUGCUGAGUCAGGGGAAGAGAAGUCAGAGAGCACCAGUGGAAAAAUCUUUGGACAACUGAAGUAAGACGCUUUCAGGGAGGUGAGGGUUGUGUAUCCAAGUAAAAUCUUGGAUUUUUAAACUUUAAAAAAAAUGGGGUGGGGUGGGAGGGGAGGGGGAUCUGUGUUUUACUGUGUAAGAAGAGUUUGUAAACUAUGACAUCUUUUAAGGUUCUUUUCCUAUGGUUUUUACAAGGAAGUUUCUUGUUGGCUCACCUUUCACGCUAAUGUCACUAAUGUGGUGCAGCAGGUGAGGAAAUGGGCUGCGUGAGUGUGUGUGUGUGUGUGUGUGUGUGUGUGUGUGUGUGUGUGUGUGUGUGUGUGUGUGUGUGUGUGCGUGCGUGGAUUCAGGAAAAGUUUUGUAAAUCCCGAUUUUAUUUAUUUCAGAGCUGGGAGCUGCUGUAGUCAACUUUCUGGUUUGUUUGUUGUUUCUUUCUUUUUAAAAUGAUGAUUUUAAAAAGAAAUGGAAGUCCUGCACUGAUUUUUUGUUACGAAGGUCGUUUUUUUUUUUGUGUCACUGUUUUAUUUAUUCAAAGAAAGGAGCCAUUUUAUUUGAACUACUGUGAUCAUGAGGGGUUUUUUUUAUAAAAGCACUCACUGUAGCUUGAUGCUUACAACCUUAUGUUUGGGAGUGAAUGUUGUACGUCAGGGUUCGGGAACAUGUUACCAGUAGUUAUGUGUAAGUGUACAAAGAAUUUUUCGCUAUUUUUUUAAAUUGUGUGGGAUUUUUUGUUGUUGUUGUUGGUUUCUGGCAUAUUUGGAAGACUGUAUGUAUGUAUGUAUGUAUGUGUGUGUGGGUGGAAGUUAAGAUGUAUAUUUGAAUGAAGCUGAACCAAACUUUUACAUCCAUUGUCUUUGUCUGUUUGUCUCUCUUCUCAGAGCUGUUUCCAGAGCUAGCUCUUCUGGAAGGUUUUUAACCUUGCAGCUCUUUAUGAACACUGGAUCAUUUCUGUCAACAUACACAAAAUGCUGUUUUAAAAUCUGACCUCCACUCCCAAAAAAAUCAAACUCACAUGAACAGCUGCACUUAUUUGUUUUUUGGGUUUUUUCUUUUGCAAGUGUUUCACAUGUUUUUUAGUAGUAAAAACCUUUGUCGGCCCCCUUUGUUUUUCCAGUUCUGAGACUUAAAAUGACACAAAUCCUGUUUGCUAAUCCAUACUCUUGGCCCAGAUUUCGAUCAGUCUAGUCAAAGCUUCCUCAUGCCUGUCUCGUGUCUUAAAAAACACAGUACCUUUUGGGAAAUAUAUAUAUUUUCAUAACAGAUUUAGAUGAGAAAAUUGACACCACAGUAGGACUAAAGCCAGGAGCUGAUUUUCCUAGCUUAGCAUAAAGACUUGAAGCAGGGUAAAAAGCUAGCCUGGUUAUAUCUCAAAGCACAAAGACUUCUAAAUUACUAAUGAACAUGCUGUACCAUAUUUGUACAAAAGAAAGGAAGUAGAGGAAACAUAAAAAAUACAAUUUAAAGUUUACAGGACAAACCGGAUAUACUCCAUUCUAUCUUGGCGCUGUGUGUUGCUAGGCAACCAGAGGAGAUGCUACGUAGUGAAAACAUUGGGCCGAUGGAUAAACUGUUAGUGGAGAAAUAGUACCAUUAAUAGUUAGUAACUCCAACUAAAAAACUACAAACUUGUUCUGACAUUUUUGUUGUUCUUUUGUUGUUGUUUGUUUACGGUUUAAAUUAUCAAGAUAAUUCCAUGGUUAUUUUUCCCACUUUAGACACAACCAGGCUAGCUAUUCCCUGUUGUGACCUCAGCACUCCUUAUUUACUCUGGCGUUCAGUAACAGCGUUCCUUACUCAAAGUAACGUCAAAACUUACACACAAAAAAACGUAUGUAAGUUGUAUCUUCAAGGCAAUUUUGAGAUCUGUGCAUGAUGUACAAUACUUGUUCGGAGCAAAACGAACGUUUAUAAUUAACCUUGGCUACAUCUGCGCCGCUCCGAUAUACUUAUUUGCUGGACGUAACGUACCACAACGUAAUGUAACGCCGACUAACGAAGGCGGCGAGUUCUAGCCAAUCAGAGGCCGAGUAGAGUGGGUUUUCUCGGAUUAAAGUAAAAAAAACAAAAAGCCUGGCAACAACUGAAGGCGCAUGCGCCGGACUCUGGCAAAUGUUGAUCAUUUCUAAUCAUGUUUCUAGCAGCUGAUAGCUGUGUGAUAGAUGUUUCUGAUAGCCUCUGUUGUUGUGCUGAGGCCAUUAUUAAUGAUACCUGUCUUCUCAUCUAUCUCUCAGCAAGAAAGUAAUAAAAGGAGUAUUUCCCAAAAUGUCAAACUACUUUUCAAAAUGAAGCUAAAGGGCCGUGAAGAGCUCAGAACCAGAGUAAACAGCUAUUAAGUCAGUGGACAUUAGAACAAAAAUAGAAAAUUAAUUUAAAAAAAAGAAAGAAAAGAAACUCAGGGUCCAAUCUAAAAUUUCAAGCUGGUGCAAAAAUGAGUCUUUACAGCUGAUUAGUGAACAAAAAACCGACUAUGCAACCCAACAGGAUCAUACAGCAGAUGUAUGUCAGUGCUACCUUACUUUACUUCACUACAAUUAUGGCAUCGUUAUUUGUUUGUGGGACAGCAUACCCAGUCAUUUGUCUAUUUUUUAGUUAUGGAAAUCUUGGCUGAGUUGAGUAGCUGCAUUUUUGAAGUUACUUCAUGUUUGUUGUUUGAUCUUAAAAUGGCAGGACAGAGCUGCCCCGGAAGCAGCCACUAUUUCUGUAAAAGCUAUGAAAAUACCCACUAUUGGCCUUAAUGAGUAAUAAGUCUACAGCAUUUUGAAAAAGGUGUGAUUGAGUAAGUAUGCAACACUGCAAUAACAUGUCAGUGACCGGACUUUUUUUUCCUACUCUAAAUAAAAUUUGACAAAAAAAAGG